UGUUGUCCUCGGAAAUUUCCUCGGUAUGUGUAUUUUACGUGUAUUACUAUUAUUAUUUAUUUAUUUUUACUAAAUUCAAACCAAACCAUAUUUACUUAGCGUGAAGAGUGUUGAUAUUUUGAUGAAAUCAACGUUUAUUGUACAGGGCUGGGUCGCUACAGUUCCGCUUCCCCUUCAUCACAAUUAGGGCCGAAAAGACGGAAGAAAAGUUGUACUGUAAAUCGUUAUAAUUGUAUGUGUUUACAUUAUUUGUCAGCGUUGUGUACCGCCAGGGCCUCAUGUUGUCUAUAACGGAUUUUUAAGGGGUUUCCAAAGGUUUUCCAGAGUUUUGCGGGUCAUUUGGGAGUCAAGUUUAGCUGCUGUGGAGUCUCCGAAACUACUUUGUGCUUUCAUUCUCCUCAGUCAUAUUCUGGACAACUUCCUGCAGUGCAUGAUUGUACCCGUGUCUCAUGCUGAUGUGAGCGCUGCCUCACUCGCUCUUCGUUUGUCUCCAUCCUCACCCACUCUUCUCUACCACUCAUCAACAUAGUGACAACAGUCCACAGCAAUGUGUGAUAACGGAGACCCGGAGGAUAAACCCCCUGCUCCUCCGGUCAGGAUGAGCAGUACAAUCUUGAGCACAGGCUCUGGCAAAGACUCACUCUUGGCCAACCACAGCUCUAAACCCCUGCCUUCUGUUCCAGAGGAGAGAAAACCUCGUCACAAGAUCAUCUCAAUCUUCUCUAGUGCUGAAAAAGGUGGUCGAAGGAAAGAUAAAGAGCGACCAGAGAUCUCACCGCCUUCGGAUUUUGAGCACACCAUUCAUGUUGGAUUUGACGCUGUAACAGGGGAGUUCACUGGCAUGCCAGAGCAAUGGGCUCGACUACUCCAGACCUCAAACAUCACCAAGUCAGAGCAGAAGAAAAACCCACAGGCUGUGCUUGACGUUCUCAAGUUUUAUGACUCUACAGGCAACGGUCGUCAGAAGUACCUCAGCUUUUCUUCUUCUGAAAAAGAUGCAUUCACUCCAGGGCCUCAAUCCCCUGUCAAAAAACGCACUGAACCCUCAUCUCCUAAUAUCAGAGACAUUGAUGAUGACGAUGAUGAUGAAACUCCUCCUCCCAUUGUGGCACCAAGACCAGAACACACAAAGAGUGUGUACACGCGUUCUGUUAUUGACCCCAUCCCUGCUCCAAGUACGUGUCCAGAUGGAGAUGUUGCUUCCAAGGCGGCAGACAGACAGAAAAAGAAAAACAAGAUGACAGAUGAAGAAAUCAUGGACAAACUAAGAACCAUAGUCAGUAUUGGUGAUCCCAAGAAGAAAUACACCAGAUAUGAAAAAAUUGGUCAGGGGGCUUCAGGAACAGUGUUCACAGCAAUCGACGUCGCCACAGGACAGGAGGUUGCCAUUAAGCAGAUCAAUUUACAAAAGCAGCCAAAGAAGGAGCUGAUUAUUAAUGAGAUUCUAGUAAUGAAGGAGUUAAAGAACCCCAACAUAGUUAACUUUUUAGACAGUUUUCUGAUGGGGGAGGAGCUGUUUGUGGUGAUGGAGUAUCUGGCCGGUGGCUCGCUGACAGAUGUGGUCACAGAGACUUGUAUGGAUGAAGCUCAGAUAGCUGCUGUCUGUAGAGAGUGUUUGCAAGCGCUGGAUUUCUUGCAUGCAAACCAAGUGAUCCACCGAGACAUAAAAAGCGACAACGUUUUACUCGGGAUGGAUGGGUCUGUCAAACUUACGGAUUUUGGCUUCUGUGCCCAGAUUACUCCUGAGCAGAGCAAACGCAGCACCAUGGUCGGCACGCCUUACUGGAUGGCUCCAGAGGUGGUGACCAGAAAGGCCUACGGGCCUAAAGUUGACAUUUGGUCACUGGGUAUUAUGGCCAUUGAAAUGGUUGAAGGGGAACCUCCCUAUCUGAAUGAGAACCCACUACGAGCAUUAUACCUGAUUGCUACAAACGGCACACCUGAGCUGCAGAACCCAGAGAAGCUGUCUCCAGUCUUCCGAGAUUUCCUUAACCGUUGCCUGGAAAUGGAUGUAGAGAAAAGAGGCGGGGGCAAAGAACUCCUCCAGCAUCCUUUCCUAAAGCUGGCAAAGCCGCUCUCCAGUCUCACACCUCUCAUCCUGGCAGCCAAGGAGGCCAUGAAGAGCAGCCGUUAGCUGGUGAAACCAGCUACUUCACUUUCCCAUGCUGUGCACAGCCAUGUGCCAACCAUUCAGAUUUUCUGCCAGACAAUAGGCUGAGACUGACCUGCCACUCUUGACGCACCAGCCUUUGAAGCCCUGACAAACCUCACUGUGAAGACCAAAAAAUAUAGAGCACAACCCCACCGCAGUCCUUAAGAACUUUUUACUCCCAUCAAAUGGCAGAAGACAAGUCAGAGAUUUCAGUCAGGCAGUUAUUUUGUACAACAGUUAGGACUAGGCUUAUAUUUAACUCGGAACAAGGCAGCUGCCAUGUUCCAUUUAGUUUUUUUUUUUAAAUCAACUGCCUUAAACAUAAGGUAAAUGUUACCUGUUGUUGUUUGUCUUUUUUUUUUUUUUUUGCUACUUUUGUAAUUACCUUUGCAGCUCUUCUGUGUCUUAUUUUGAUACUUGAAUUUCAUCUCUGUCCCGUUUGUUGUGUAAGUCUCAUUCAGUGAACAUGCUUUUUAUGCCUGAAUUUUAUGAACAUUUCUCUUACUGAUUUUAUAGGAAACAACUCAGUGCAUUUGUCAUUAUGAGACUAUUCUUGAUUUUUGUCUAUGUUUGAAUGCCACAUCUGACAGAUCUACUGUGGCAUUUCUCCCCCCUCUAUCGUUUCUGCUGACACCAGAGGUGCACCUUACAGGCAAAUUAAAAUGUUAGAUCAACAGGGUUUAUACUUUCUUCUCCAUUGUUGUUAUUAAAAGUGAGUAUUGUUUGUUGAACUGUC